GGUGCUGAGGGUGCGGCCUGCUGGGCAGAGUCUGUGCUGUGAGCAACUCAGGAUCCAGUGCUUUCACUUUCCCUUUUGAUUUGGGGGGUGUAUCUGGGCCCAGAGGACGCUGUGUCUGGUUAUUAUGCAGGCGCAGAGCAGGUGACUGGAUCCACGCAGCUGGGAACGUCUGGGUCUGGUUCACACUCAGCCAGAGCGAGACUCCUGGGGGUGAGGCCACAACUCCUUCCAGCCUGACGCAGACUGGUGAGCUGAAGUAAGACGCUGACAUCCCUCUGCUGGCACCAUGACGUCAGAAACCAGCCGGGACUACCCAGUGUGCUUACCACCGAAAACGAGUUGCAAGAUGACCCCACAGAUACGCUGUAGGGGAGAAUGCAGACAUCACAGGGGGGUUUAAAACAUCCUGAGAGCUUCUUUGAGGCUGUUGUCGAAUCUCUGCGGGACAUACUGAGCAGAGAGGAACUGUCACACCUGCUGACUGAAGUCCUAAACAGAUUUGUGGCUGAGGGCAACUUGUCCAGGGAAGAGGCAGAUGCACUGCGUGAAUACCUGAACGAGCUGAAAGCAGACUUGGCCCUGAGCGACCGAGACAUGCUGCUAAGGGAGCAGCUGAGUAAGAAGAGGUUUUUGAAGAGGUUUCCUCGGGUGAAACGGAAGCUUGAGGAAAGCAUAAGAAAGCUGCACGCACUUGCAGACAAGGUGGACAAGGAUCACAGGGACUGCACCAUCUAUAAGGUGGCGGCCACCUCUGCUGGUGCAGCGUCUGGCCUCCUGACCAUUGCUGGCCUGGCUCUGGCACCCGCGACAGCAGGGGUCAGUCUGGCACUCUCGGCAACUGCGUUAGGGCUGGGGGCCACAGCUGCUGUGACCAGUGUGGCCACCAGUGUGAAGGAACACAAGAGCAUGUCGUUAGCAGAAAUCAUGGCCCACCCUUUGAUGUCAUCUGCCAUCCACAAAUGGAAAGUGGUCAAGGAGAUUCUACUGCACAACAUGCCACAAAUUGUUUCCACAGAAGAGAAACUCACAGAAGCCGUGCAACGCAUUGAAAUGAAUAUCUGUGCCAUCAAGCUGGUCAAUGCCAACCCUGGCUUCGGUGAAGAUCUGUUUCGCUUCCUGACCACGGGGCAGAUCUCAUACCAAAGUGGCAAGCGGUUGCAGGAAGUUCUUAAAGGCACAGGUCUGGCAAUGGCCAAAGGAGCCCGGGUCCUGGCUGUGGCCUCUGCAGGCUCCCUCCUUGUGAUGGAUGUGGGCUACCUGGUGAAAGAGGCAAUGCACCUGCAUGAGGGGGCAAAGGCAGAGUUUUCCGAACAGCUAAGGCAGCGGGCCCGGGAGCUGGAGAAGAGGUUGGAGGAGCUCACUGGGAGCUAUGAGAGUCUGCAGCAGGGCCUGUGUUCCACCCCCGCCCCACACAGCGGACCAGGGAGCAGGGGCCCGUGCGGGGCCAAGAAGCAGAGGUAG